GUCGGCCGAGAGGCAUGAAAUCACGCAUGUGCAAAUGGCUUGCUUUUGCUGUACACAGACGGUUUGAAUGUCGUCUUUACUAACUUCGCCAUCUUACAUGCAAUUGUUUUCCCGCCCCCGCUGACUACGAACUAGAUUGAUAUAUCAUUGCUUUGUUGUCAUUAAUUAAUGCUUCUGGCACAAUAUAAGGCUAUUUCAUUUGCAAUAAGCUGACUACUUCAACGUUGCUUUUUAUUCUGUAGAAACCAUUCAAAUGUGUAUCACACCUUUGAAGAAUUCCUUAAACUUUCGGGCAGAAGAAUUAAGAAGACGUCAUAAAAUAUAUUAAAUUUCAUAUUGCACGCGGCAUACAUUUCCAACCUAGGAUAUGGCAGAAGAGAAUUUGAUUUUGAAAGCAAAAAACCAUACGUUUCCUGGAUUUAAGAUUGAAGAGGAGAGCUCUUGGAGCGGUCCGUUCGCUUUCAUCCAAGGUGCUGACACGCAGUUCGGCUUCAUCGAGAAUUACAUAGAGAAGAAGCCGAACCCUGGAUGGGAUAAAGAAGUGGAGCUCACUAGAAGAGCCAUUGCAUCUGUGAACGCGAUGUGCCCGAGACCUCGAUUCUUCGUCGUUUGCGGGGAUUUGGUGGACGCUUUUCCUGGUACUUCUUUGCGCUAUCCUCAGGAGCAGUCUUUCUUCCAUUUGUUUAAGGAGCUACAUCCAGAUAUUCCCCUGGUUUGUGUUUGUGGAAAUCACGACGUGGGAGACGAUCCAACUCAUGAGUCAAUUCAGAUUUAUAAGAAAAAGUUUGGAGACGAUUAUUUUACAUUUUUCUGCGGAGGCGUUAUGUUUAUUGUGAUUAAUUCUCAGUUUUACAAAGCACCCGAAAAGGUUCAAGAUCUGGCUGAGGAGCAAGAGAAGUGGCUGGAUAGGCAAUUGAAAGAAGCCAAGUCGGGGAAAUUCAAGCAUGUUGUGGUUUUUCAACACAUACCUUGGUUUAUCAGAAAUCCAGAUGAAGAAGAUGUAUAUUUCAAUAUUAAAACUGAAAUACGAGAGAAGAUGCUUAAAAAAUUUUAUGAUGCAAAUGUCCGAGCUGUGUUCUGUGGACACUGGCAUGGAAAUGCUGGAGGUUUUUACAAGGAUUUGGAAGUGGUCGUGACUUCUGCUAUUGGAGGGCAGUUGCGAGGCGAUAAAUCCGGAUUUCGGGUGGUGAAAGUUUCAGAAGACUCUAUUCAUCAUACUUAUUUUGCUUUGGAGGAUGUUCCAAAGGAUAUUUCUUUGAAUUAAAUGAGUGGCAGUUUUUGAAAAAGAUGGAUCAAAAUCUCUGAUAUGAAAUGUGGAUUAUUUUACUAUACAUAAAAGAGGUUUUUAAAUCUAUUAUUAUGAUUGAUAACUGGUAAUAAAAUUAGACGCUGAUUUGUGCA